AUUGAAAGCACACGGUUCUGUUUCUAGAAGCAAAUCUUACGCCGGUGGAAAGACAUGGGUAGUGGUCACAUUGACAGUGUCGAAGAUCUGUUCUUCCAGUGUGCUUCCAUUGUGAAGAGCCCACCGCCCGAGUUUUCCCAUGUGACGUUGACGGAGAAGCAGCAGUUGCAUCUAUAUGCCCGUUACAAACAGGGUUAUGAGGGGGAUAACGUCACACCUUGCCCGGGGCUCUUAGACUUUGUCGCGCGGGCGAAAUGGAAGGCGUGGAAGGCAUUGAUGGGAAUGGACGCGCUCCAAGCACAGUCCGAAUACAUCGAUUGCGUACAGGCCUGGUUCAAGGAGCAAAGCCCCGAAAUGGGCUGCCAUGCUAGUGAGGGCUUAAAGCAGACCAAGAUAACGUCGCGCUUUCAAUCACACAGGGAUUCGCGUGCGAACGAGCAUGUUGAUGACACCCUCUUAUUGGGAAGCGCGCCUUUCCGGGGGAUAGGGGUUAUCGGUCGAGAGGGCCUCAACAGUGGGUGUGUUGACAGUCCGGAUAGGACCAGUGAGGAGAGGGAAGGAAACAAGAGAGGUGCGGCGAAUGAGCACGAAGACAUUUUCUCCUGGGCCAAGGAGGGCUUCGUGGACAAAGUGCUCGCCUGGUUGGAUGGUGAGAACGAGCCGGCGGAAGGGGGAGCGAUCGGGCCACUUCCACGACACGUGGAUACUAGAGAUGAGGAGGGUCGGACCCUGUUGCAUUGGGCUGUGGAUGGAAAUCAUGGGGCGCUUGUCAAAAUACUGCUGGCGCGGGGAGCGGACGUGACUGCGACGGAUAAGGAGGGAGAUACCUGCUUGGAUUAUGCUCGAUUGUGUGAACACAAAGAGCUCGUUGAACUGUUGGUGGAGAGGGAGGCGAUAACACAGGAUAGGAAAACGAAGGAGACAACAUGGUGUCAGGAAUAG